AUGGGUCUCGAGGGUAAGCUGACGGACAGUGAUGUUCAGUAUGAUCUGACGGCAGGUACCCUCGACGAGUUGAUCGAGAUCGUCAUCCAGAGCGGAGCCCGCCUGUUCGUCUCUUCCGUGGGUGUGCCACCACGUGCUGUGGUUGAGAGACUACACGCCAAUGGGGUCCUGUACAUGAACAUGUGUGGACAUCCCAAGCACGCCAAGAAGGCCUGUGAAGCAGGCGCCGACAUCAUCUGCGCUCAGGGCUCUGAGGCCGGCGGACAUGUUUCCGAAAUCCCUACCAGGUCAGUCAUCCAAUACUUCCUCCCCGACGAGUAUCACUCUGACAUCUUUCCGUUCCAACAGUGUUAUGGUCCCGGCCUGCGCAGACCUGAUCAAGGCCGAGCACUACAUGUCGCCGCUGACAGGACGGCCCGUGGACUUGGUCGCAGCAGGCGGCAUUUGCGACGGCCGUGGCAUCGCUGCAGCUUUCAUGUACGGGGCCUCGGCCGUGUGGAUUGGGACGCGAUUCGUCACCGCUGUGGAAUCCACCGCAACGGAGGAUGCGAAGCAGACGUACGUUCCCGGAGGCUAAGACGUCUUUUCGAAGGGAAUCUCCCUAGCUGAUGACACUUCGUUCCCUCCGUUCAGAAUCCUCGAUGCAACUUUCGACGACACCAUCGCCACGACGGUCUUUACCGGCCGUCCUGCGCGGCUCUACGCAUCAAAGUACAUACGAGAGUGGGAGACUACCCGUUUCGCGGAACAGCAACGUCUCCUGGCCCAAGGCCACAUUCCUCUGUACUGGGAUCAAAAGCGCUACGAAGCCGAGGGCGGCAUGCCCGCAGAAAUCGAAUGCCAGGCUGUAUUCAAGUGAGUUGGAUCCGACAUUCUCGACUGGCUGAGCGAAAUGCUGAUUCGUACUUCCACUUUCAUAGGCCAAUGAGUAUCGCGUCUGGGCUGAUGCAUCGCUCGGGUCAGACGGCGGCGGAGAUUAUUAAUGAGAUGAUGACAGAGGCGUCGGAGCGACUUGAAGCGGCGAGCUCGAGU